ACCUCACACCCCAGAGAUAUUUUAAAGGGUACCAGUCAACAGGGAGAUGAGUUUCGAGUAGGUAGGUGCAGAGGCUCAGCGAGCGCAGUAUUGAUACGUCCGCCCAGUGGCUGUGAGGUCCAAGGAACACUCUGCGUUCGUUUAAUAAAAGCUACAUACUUGAGACGUUGGUCGGCCAUCUUCCGGAGCUCCCUUUGGGAUAUGAUCUAUUAAACUGCCGUUUUUUUUUUUUGCAAUGCUGCGGCAUUGCCCUAUUCCCCGUUUCUCGUCGUCUUCUGCUCGGAGAAAGAUGCCAAACAUUGCCUGUGGGAAAGAGAAGACCGAGCACGUCCCGCUGAAGAGCAAGGCACUUGACCUGCCGGGCCCCAAGGACGUUGCCACGGAGCCGCUACCCCCUCAGAAAGUGCUCAAGAUAUUUAGCAUCAACAUCAUUGCCCAGGGGUUGCCUUUCUGCCGCAGACGAGUGAGUAUUAUGAAAAGGAAGUUGGACCAUGGCCCCGAGGUCCGAUCUUUCCCUUCAGGAAAAAAGCCCUGCAAAGGCCCAGAGUAUCCAAGCCCGACGGGAAUUGUUCCAUGUCCAGCCACACCCACCACAUUUGGCCACAUCAGAACAGCCAACAGUCAGGGGCAACAAAGACGGCGUAUCACCUCAAUCCAGCCACCUACGGGUCUCCAAGAAUGGCUCCGAACAUUUCAGAGCUGGACUGGCCCAGAGAAGCUGCUGGCGCUGGAUGAGUUGAUUGACAGCUGCGAGCCCACACAAGUCAAGCAUAUGAUGCAGGUGAUCGAGCCGCAGUUUCAGCGAGACUUUAUCUCCCUGCUUCCCAAAGAGCUGGCUUUGUACGUCCUGUCAUUCCUGGAACCGAAAGACCUCCUCCAGGCGGCCCAGACGUGUCGCUACUGGCGCAUCCUGGCAGAAGACAACCUGCUGUGGAGGGAGAAAUGCAGGGAGGAAGGCAUCGAUGAGCCUCUGCCCCUCAAGAAGAGGAAAAUCGUCAAGCCUGGCUUUACUCACAGCCCCUGGAAGAGUGCCUACAUCAGGCAGCACAGAAUAGACACUAACUGGAGGAGAGGCGACCUCAAAUCACCCAAGGUGCUGAAAGGUCACGAUGACCACGUGAUCACCUGCCUCCAGUUCUGUGGCAACCGCAUCGUCAGCGGCUCCGACGACAACACGCUGAAAGUCUGGUCGGCUAUCACAGGAAAGUGUCUGCGGACGCUGGUGGGCCACACAGGGGGCGUGUGGUCAUCCCAGAUGCGGGACAACAUUAUUAUCAGCGGCUCCACUGAUCGCACACUCAAGGUCUGGAACGCAGAGACAGGAGAAUGUAUCCACACCCUCUACGGGCAUACCUCAACAGUGCGCUGCAUGCACCUACAUGAGAAAAGGGUGGUCAGUGGCUCUCGUGACGCCACACUGCGCGUCUGGGACAUCGAGACGGGUCAGUGUUUACACGUCCUCAUGGGCCACGUGGCGGCGGUGCGCUGCGUCCAGUACGAUGGCCGGCGGGUGGUCAGCGGUGCCUACGACUUCAUGGUGAAAGUGUGGGACCCCGAGACGGAGACCUGCCUCCACACGCUGCAGGGCCACACCAACAGAGUGUAUUCAUUACAGUUUGAUGGGAUCCACGUGGUGAGCGGCUCGUUGGACACGUCUAUUAGGGUCUGGGACGUGGAGACGGGCAACUGCAUCCACACGCUAACGGGGCAUCAGUCCCUCACCAGCGGCAUGGAGCUCAAAGACAACAUCCUGGUCUCCGGCAACGCAGACUCCACUGUCAAGAUCUGGGACAUCAAGACGGGCCAGUGCCUACAAACACUGCAAGGUCCACACAAGCACCAGAGCGCCGUGACGUGUCUCCAGUUCAACAAGAACUUUGUCAUCACCAGCUCGGACGACGGCACAGUUAAACUGUGGGAUCUGAAGACGGGCGAGUUCAUCCGAAACCUGGUGACGCUGGAGAGCGGCGGCAGCGGCGGUGUGGUGUGGCGCAUCCGGGCCUCCAACACCAAGCUGGUGUGCGCGGUCGGCAGCCGCAACGGCACAGAGGAGACCAAGCUGCUGGUGCUGGACUUUGACGUGGACAUGAAGUGAGGGGGACGUGGUGGGUAAGGACGAAGAGCGCAAACGAAUAGUGGGAGACGAGGCGCCUGGAGACCAGAGGGCCCGAAGCCGAGAACUCUUCACCCAAACAAAUUCUACAACCACCACCACCACCAGUGGGCUGUCCAGUCCUCCACCAUUAUCCUCCCCGUCCGCCUCCUGGGUAAACGUUACUGACAAAGCCACAGACCCUCACAUGUGUUUAGCCCCUGCUUUCGACCCCGAGCGCCACACUGAGGUGGAGUCGUAGGGGAUUGGGCUGGAAAAGGGGCAGGGGGUGGGGCAUGAGCGGUCUGUCCCUUGAUUAGCCGGGAGAAAAGACGAGAAGAAGAAGAAGGAACGACUGACGACGACUGAACUUCUUUGAAGUGACUCUCCGCCCUUUCGGUUCGGGGUCAGCUUCGCACAGAGACUUGGUUUCGCUUCAAGCCUGACAGAUUUUGAGAUGUAUAGAGAUAUAUUAUUUUUUAAAGCCCCACCCGCACAUACACCCCUUCCCCCUCAUCAGUAUGCUCCCUCAAACACGCACACAUACACACACACACACACACACACACACACUCUCAAACCAGAAAGGAAAACGCUUGAGGAAGGUGGGAGAUGUUUUAAAGGUGAAUUUCCACAGUUACAUGUAAAGAGCUGCUCAAUGUAAACGAGAGGAUUCAGAGGUUUUGUUGUUUCUUCUCACUCCGUUUCCGUUCUUAUCGUUUUCCACUUGGUUUCUGUAGUUUGUUUUAACAAUAUCGCACACAAUCACAACUGUGAAUCUCAGUUCCUUUUUGGUUUAUCACAUGAAUGGGGGUUUCUGUAUUGUUGUGGGUUUUUUUCCUCUUUCCUUGCCGUUGCCAACAGCAACAAAUCCCAGUAUUAGAAACCUGCUCGGUUUAGGUUUGCUGUCGUUAUGUCACAAGUUUGUUUUGAGGGGGGGUUUGUUUGAGUUGUUUGUUCUUCCUUUCUGUUUUCUACAUACCUGGGUUUGGAGCUCCGUCUCCACAUCAACAUCAGUGCUGUCCAGAAUUUUUCAGUCUAGCUGGGGUGGGUUCCUCGAAGGCGGCGCUGUGACGAGAGGCAAACGUCUCUCUGCUCAAAGCGGCUUAACGCCCCUGACACCCCCUCCCCUUGGCCCCUCCCCCUCUACUGUUCUCCCCAGUGGCCAAACUGUAUUUAUGCUGCUAGAUGAAUGGGAAAGAAGAGAGCGAUGGAACUCUUACUUGCUGUGACGUUUUAGUCCCAGGCGAAAUUCCAAAACAAACUCUGUGUGUUUGGACUUAAAGAGACGAUGACAAAAGAUGAACAUCCAACAUUUUUGUUUUUGUUUGUUUUUGCCACUGAAACUUGAGCCAAACGUGCCUCUACGAGGCUGAGAGGAGGGAGCGUGUCCGACAGAUACUGACGGGAUCGCCUGCAGAGAGGAAACAAGCGGAUGUACACUGUUGGCGUGCGUGUGUCUGUGUGUGCGGCGUGUGCAUGAGUACGUGUGUUCAGCGUGUUAAUGGGCAACUUGUAAACACAUUCCUUGGGACAAAGCUCUUUCAGCCUGUUCUUUGGAGAAAUGUACAAAUGUGCUGUGUGGACUGGCAAAGAAAAAAACAAAAAAAAACUAGCAGACGUAUCAACCUUACCACAUGAAUGAAAGAACUGUCCGUUUCCAUGUGCGAUUGUCGUUCCACUCAAAGAUGUCCGAAGCAACAGAGGAGACCAUCACAAGCAUCAGCUGACGGGCGGAGCGGCCGGGGAGUCGUAGUGUUACAUGUGUCGCCGUUCAAACCACCGCGGCCGCAGCCUCGUGGUUCGUCAGCGGGGAAAAUAAAACACAAAAAGGCAACAAACGUGAACUGAAGCAUUGUAGCCAAAUGAAAAAUCGUCUCAAUCUCUAAGAGUCACAACUCGAGCUGAACUGUGAAAGUGGUAUAACACUGUAUAUUAAAAAAGAAAAAAGAAAACAAUCUUGCUCUAUCUCUUCUCGUUGUUUUCUCCCUCUGUUUUAAUUUAUGAUCUGGUUUGAGAAAUCAGAUUUGUUGCAGGUGUUUUAUUUUUUCGGUUCAUGUAAACUGCCUGGCGAAAAAGAAAAACAGACAGAAAAAACCUUAAAGGGAUUGUGUAUUUGUUUGAUUCACUUAGAAUUUUAUUUUCUUAUAACUUAAGUGCAAUAAAAUGUGGGUUUUUCUUUUUUCAUUUCAAGCAUAUCAGUUGUCUGUUUUUGUUUCCUGUGUGAAGGCAUCUUAUAUGUUCAAUAAAGCAAAUUAUUUGGUUAA